UCCUUCUGAAACCGAAAACUACUAUAAAUUGGAUUUUUAUCAGAAUCCCUCGCAGUACACUCCAGACAGGACUACUAAAUUUUGUUUGUUUUCAAGUUCAGAAGUUAUUAAAAUGAAAUUCGCAGUAGUAGUCUUGGCCCUCUUGGGAGUGGCGUGUGCCAACCCCAUCAACCCGUGGGGCUACGGAUACGGAGCUUCAAUAAUCUCCGUGCCAUCAGCGGUCUCGGUCCAGUCGAGCGUCGUGAACCACGGCCUGUCCCUGCCCGUGGUCAGCAAGGUCGUGGUCCCGAUCGUCCGCCCCGUGGUCCCAGUCAUCAAAACUGUGGUCCCGAUUGUCAAGACUGUGGUCCCGGUUGUGUCCCCGCUGUCGUAUGGUCUGGGCUACGGACUGGGUGGUCUAGGAUACGGUUACGGCGGAUACGGAUACGGAUGGGGCAAAGGCCUUCACUAGAAGACGACUGUAAAUGUAUCGUGUCCCACUGAUGAUGUUUGGAGUGUUACUUUGUUUUACUUACCUGUUGUUAUGUUGAUUUGUUUCUUGCAUACGCAUUAAAGAAUAUCACACUGUUUUUUGUAGUUUUG